UUAAAAUCUCUCUCUCUCUCUCUCUCUCUCUCUCUCUCUCUCUCUCUCUCUCUCUUAGAGAUUUGAGUUUCAAAAUCAACUGAUUUUUCUACAAUGGAGAGGCCACAUCAGGACGCGAUCGAGAGCUUCAUGAGCAUUACCGGCGCCUCCGAGCCCAUGUCCCUGCAGAAACUCGAGGAACAUGGUGGGGAUCUCAAUCGAGCUGUGAAUGCACAUUUCAGUGGAGAAGAAAGAACCAUAACACAUCCAGCAUCUAUUCCUGUACCUCAAAAUGAUUUCAUGGUGAUAGAUGAUCCGAAUCAAGAAGAAACUCAGGGACCCAAUCUACCCCGUUUAUCAUCUACAAGGAGUUCAAACCCGUUUGGACCUCCUGACCUGAAUUUUGGUCAAAGUUCUUUUGAUGAGAGUGGAGCUGCUAAGUUUGACAGUGAGAACAGUCAGUCUAGUCACUCUGGGCCUCAUCCUACCAUUGAGGGUUUUUCUGGAAGUGUCUAUGUACGUGGAUCGGAGACACGCGAGAAUGUCAGAAUUGUUGAUAAGGAAGAUGAGGAUCUAGCAAUUGCUCCUGCUGCCCAUGCUGUUGGUGAAAACGAAGGAAAUGAUGCUUAUGAUAGACGUCCUCGACACAGUGUUCCUCAAUUAGACAAUGUGCCUGACUAUGGUAAUGACAUUGAAGAAGAAAUGGUCCAAGCUGCCAUUGAGGCUUCUAAACGGGAGGCUGAAGAUGGAUACCCAAGCCACCAACUCGGCAUUAAAGAUGACAUACCUGGUCUCUGGUUUGAGCAGGGGCUGCCUCAUGCAGAAGAUGUUGAGCUUGCUGAUGUUGUUUCAUUGUCCUUGAAGACUGCAGAGCUAGAGAAAACGCUGCGUGAACAGAAGCAAGUAGUUGGAACAGCCGCACAGGGGGGUUUUGGUUCAUCUGGUGUGGAAGAUAUAGGAAGACUCAAAGCAGCAAAUGAAAGGCAAGAAAUUUGUUCAUCAGAUGCAGAAACUUCAAGUCAAUUUAAAUUAGAGGCGGGAAACACAUCCAUCCAAGAUGAUGCUGAAGAUGUAGAGGAACAGCCAUUGGUGAGGCACAGGUCAAUACCCCAUUCUUCUGGAACUGCAGAACCUGCUGCAGAAAUUGGAGAAAUGGUGGAUAGCCUAGCAUCGAUUUCUCGCACAAAUGAUGGCACAAGUCAUCUCCAGAACAAUGGAGAUGCAUUCCCUGAUGAGUGGGGUGGAAUAUCUUCUGAGGAACAUGAUGAAGCAGUUAUGCUGGAGGCUGCACUUUUUGGUGGAAUUCCUGAAGGAGCUGCCUAUCGUUUUGCACACCCCCAUCAUCAAGUCCUAGAAACCAGUUCUGAUGGAAAUGCUUAUUUCUACCCUCGGCAAGAGCCUCCUCCGCCAUCACCUACUCUAGUGGCACAACGGUUACUACGGGAACAGCAGGAUGGUGAAUAUCUUGCAGCUCUCCAAGCAGACAAAGAAAAAGAACUGAAGGCAAUAGAGCAGGCUGAAAUUUUCCGUUUAGAAGAAGCUGCCGCCAGAGAAGCUGCCCUUGAAGAAGAAAAACAUCAAGAAGAAGAAUCUCGCAGGAAAUUGCUGGAGGAAGAGGAGUUUGAGAAACUACUUGGAGCAAAACAAGCUUCUCUUCCUCAGGAACCAGCUGCAGAUGAUGCAAGUGCAGUAACACUUCUUGUUCGAAUGCCUGAUGGUAACCGCCAUGGUCGUCGCUUCCAUAAGUCCGACAAGCUCCAAUCUCUUUUUGACUUUAUAGACAUUGGUAGAGCGGUUAAGCCGGGGGCCUACAGAUUGGUUCGACCAUAUCCUCGCCGCGUUUUCGGUGAUGGUGAAAGCGGACUCUCUCUGGGUGAACUGGGCCUGACCAGCAAACAAGAAGCACUAUUCCUAGAACCAAUUUAAGGGUAGCCCUCCUCUUAGAGAAACUGUGACAAAGAAGAUUUCCCUUAAAAGUUCAAUUGAUACAAAUCACACGAGGUCUGGGUAUUUCUGAUAACCCAUGUCCAAAAUCAAGGAAAGAAAGCUUUUCAACUCAAGCUGAGGGAAGUUGAUUGAAUUUCAUCCUCUCUAGCCAUCUUUCAUCAUCCCCAUGCAAUCAUUGGCACGAUGACAGGUUAUUUGUCAUUGAUCUGAUUGUUGAUUGACCAGCUUAUAUAAAUUUGUACAUACUUCAAUUAUAGUUAAUUUAUCUCAUAAAACUUCACAGGUAAA